CACAUUUCAAAUGGUAGAGUUGGAAAAGCCAUGGUUUACUUUGCAAAGAUCAUAUUUUAUACUUUUUCUGGCUGUUAUGCUCUUGCUUGUUUCUGCCUGAAAGCCUGUUGGCAUUGGUCUUGUUCUUGUAUUAUUUAGGUUCAGUUGCGCCAUAAAUCUGCUAGAUUGCUUGGCUACUCAAACUACGCAGACUAUGCUGUUAAUCAUAGAGUGGCAAACUCAUCCUCAAAGGUAUUUGAGUUCUUGGAGGAACUCUCUGCCAGUUUAACUGACUUGGCCACCAGAGAACUUAGUAUGUUAAAAGACUUGAAGAAAAAAGAGGAAGGAGAUUUUCCUUUUGGAAUUGAGGAUCUGUUGUACUAUGUGAAGAGAAUUGAGGAACAACAAUUUAAUCUGGACCUUGGAGCUCUUAAACAAUACUUUCCGUUCAAUUUGGUCAUGUCAGGGAUCUUGAAAAUAUGCCAAGACCUUUUUGGUUUAAGAUUUGAAGAAAUUGCAGAUGCUGAGGUUUGGCACUCUGAUGUUCACCUUUAUUCAGUCUAUGACUUAUCUUCUAGUGAACUUUUGGGCUAUUUCUGCCUUGAUAUGUUCUCCAGGGAGGGAAAAUAUGGUCACACCUGUGUUGUGGCUCUUCAGAAUGGUUCUUUUGUCAAUGGUGCACGAAAGGUGAUUGUAAUACGCGAUUUAGUUUGAGUUUUCUAAACUUAUUGUUGUUGUGAUGUUGAACUCAAAUUUUGGGUACCUGCAAAGCAUUUUAUUUUGGGAUACAUUCUAUUUUGUUUAGUAAGGACAGGAUCAAAUGCAUAAAGCAUGUUUGAUUAGCAUGGUAGA